CGAAUUUUCAAAGAUUUGGGGGUGACCGGUUUGGAAACAACCCUAGGAAGUCUCUCUAUCUAAUAACACUCUCACCGCUGAGCAGAGAGAAGUAUAGACCACUAGGUAGCAAGCGACAGAGGCUCCAGAAAAAAAGCCGUUUCUUCGUUACAGUUUACGAACCAAUCUCUCUUCGUCUGCCCUGACUCUCUUCUCUGUCGUCCCUCUUCAAUCGUCUCCAUCUCUCUCUCCGAUUAUGUAAAACAUCGAAGCGAGCAGGGUUUUCUGUGGGGUUUAUCGUUUCUCUCAUACAUGGCUUCGUUACGGGUUUUCCUGUUGUUUCUGAUUUACAUUUCUUCUUUUCUGAGUAUCUGUUUCGCCGGAGAUCCCUUUGUUUUCUACGACUGGACGGUUUCUUACAUGACGGCUGCACCGCUGGGUGUUCAACAGCAGGUGAUUGCGAUUAACGGGAAGUUUCCAGGUCCUAUUGUUAACGUGACUACCAAUAACAAUGUUGUGGUUAAUGUGCUAAAUCGAUUGGAUGAAGAUAUCCUCUAUACUUGGGAUGGCAUCCAACACCGUCGUAAUUCCUGGCAAGAUGGUGUUCUUGGCACUAAUUGUCCUAUCCCCAUGGAUUAUAACUGGACAUACCAGUUUCAGGUUAAGGAUCAGAUUGGGAGCUUCUUCUACUUCCCUUCCCUCAAUUUUCAGAGAGCAGCUGGCGGUUAUGGUGGUAUCAUUGUAAAUAACCGGGACAUUAUUCCCCUUCCAUUCGCCACUCCUCAUGGAGAUAUCACCAUCCUCAUUGGUGACUGGUACAACCGAAAUCAUACGGAUCUGAGGAAGACCCUUGAUGCUGGGAAGAGCCUUGGCAUGCCGGAUGGAGUUCUCAUAAACGGGAAGGGUCCUUACAGAUACAAUACCACACUCGUUCCGGAUGGCAUUGUAUAUGAAAGUUUUGAAGUACACCCAGGUAAAACUUACCGUCUUCGCGUCCAUAAUGUUGGAAUCUCAACUAGUUUGAACUUCAGGAUCCAGAACCAUAACUUGCUUCUUGCUGAGACAGAGGGAUCAUACACAUCGCAACAAAAUUUUACUAACCUAGAUAUUCAUGUUGGACAGUCUUAUUCGUUCUUGGUUACCAUGGAUCAGAAUGCAAGUACAGAUUACUAUAUUGUAGCAAGUGCUAGGUUUGUGAAUGAGUCUCUUUGGCAAAGAGUCACAGGUGUUGCCAUCUUGCACUAUUCAAAUUCCAAGGGUAACGCCCGUGGUCCACUCCCAGACCCACCAAAUGAUGUUUAUGAUAAGACCUUUUCAAUGAACCAGGCAAGAUCCAUCAGGUGGAAUGUUUCUGCUAGUGGUGCACGUCCUAACCCCCAAGGAUCUUUUAGAUAUGGCUCGAUAAAUGUGACAGAUUUAUAUGUGCUGAAGAACAAGCCACCUGUGAUGAUUAGUGGAAAACGUCGGGCAGCACUGAGCGGGAUCUCAUACGUUAAUCCCACUACACCAAUCAGGCUUGCUGAUGAUCACCAUUUGAAGGGAGUAUAUAAGCUUGAUUUCCCCAAAAUGCCACUCACUGGACCACCCAAGAUGGAAUCAUCGGUAAUUAAUGGUACAUAUAAGGGAUUUAUGGAAGUGAUAUUACAAAACAAUGACACAACAGUUCAGAGCUUUCACUUGGAUGGUUAUGCAGUUUUUGUGGUUGGGAUGGAUUAUGGAGAUUGGACAGAGAACAGCAGGGGUACAUACAAUAAAUGGGAUGGAGUUGCACGCUGCACAGUACAGGUUUUCCCAGGGGCAUGGACAGCUAUUUUAGUCUCACUUGAUAAUGUUGGAGUUUGGAACCUGAGAACAGAAAACCUUGACUCAUGGUAUCUUGGCCAAGAAACAUAUGUCCGUAUUGUCAAUCCAGAGCCCAACAACAAGACUGAGUUGCCCAGGCCGGAGAAUGCUUUUUUUUGUGGUGAACUUAAGGAUUUGAAUAAGUAUAAACCAAACCCGCGGUCCUUUGCAUCAUCAAUCACAGGAGGAAAAUCAAAGCUGCUCUUCACACUGCAGAUGUUUGUCCUUUUUGCCAUUUUCAUUUUCCGCUAAGCAUCUCUUAUUAAAAUCUUUGAUGGUGAUGGUUUUUCUUGUUCCUGUUGCCCGAGGGGAGCAUGCUUGGAUCACUUUUUCCUAGUUGUGUGUGUUUAGGUGUGCAAAACUAGUCCUGUCAAUAUUUAUUUUUUCUUUAGAGGUGAUUUAGACUGACUUUUUUGUUUCUCCCCCCACCCCCCCCCCCCCCCAAAAAAAAAAAAAAAUUGUAUUGGCAUGUCACCCCAGUUCCUUGUAAUUCAGGAUGAUAUUGGGGAUCUAUCAUUCUUUUCCUUCUUUAAUUUAUGUACUGAUGAUGAUUCACCAAAUUUCAAUACCAUCUUACUACCUUAUACAAA